AUGAGCCAAUCCCGCCUGCGACACGCCGCCUCCCACAACUGGUCGACCUUUCGGCGACAGCCAUGGAACGAGAUCUCGGGCUCGCUCGGCGACUUGGGCACGUUCCUACCGAUUGCGAUCGCCCUGGCCGAAGGUCACCAGAUUUCCCUGACGACCACGCUCAUCUUCACCGGCGUGUACAACAUCUUGACGGGUGCCUUCUUCGGCAUCCCCCUUCCGGUGCAGCCGAUGAAAGCGAUCGCCGCCGUCGCGAUCCUCAAGUCCCUGACGGCAGGCCAGACGGCCGCUGCGGGCAUCUUCGUCUCGAGCUGCAUCUUGCUGUUCAGCGUCACGGGGAUCCUGUCGUGGUUCACACGGGUCAUUCCGAUCCCCGUGGUCAAGGGGAUCCAGGUGGGCGCCGGGCUGAGCUUGAUCAUCGCCGCGGGCACCAAAGCGCUGUCAUCCCUAUCGUGGACUAGGCCGUCAUGGGCAGACAACUACAUAUGGAUGACCCUGGCCUUCAUCGCGCUAUUCGCAAUCAAUCUCCGCCCGCGGACGCCCUAUGCCCUGAUCCUGUUCCUCGUCGGCGUCGUGUUCGCUUUGAUCCAAAUCACAGGGCACGACAAACACCACCUUCCAGGAUUCCAAAUGUGGCGUCCCUACACCCAAGCCCCUUCGGGAAAAGAGUGGAAAACGGGGAUCCUGGACGCCGGCAUCGGCCAACUCCCCCUGACCACACUCAACUCUAUCAUCGCCGUUGCCCACCUGGCCACUGAUCUCCUCCCGGACAUUGAAACCCCCUCGGUCACGGCGAUCGGUCUCAGUGUCGCGGCCAUGAAUCUCUUUGGAUGCUGGUUCGGAGCCAUGCCCGUGUGCCACGGCUCCGGCGGGUUGGCGGCACAAUACCGAUUCGGCGCUCGCUCGGGCGCCAGUAUCAUCUUCCUCGGGUGUUUCAAACUCCUACUGGGCAUUCUGUUUGGUGAAAGCCUUACAGAUCUCCUUCAUAGAUUCCCUUUGGCACUCCUCUCGGUCAUGAUCAUCGCGGCGGGGCUGGAGCUCGCUAGUGUCGGAGAGAGUCUGAACACGCCGCGGGCGCGAGACCUGGGCAAAGAAGCGUCACGCGCAAGACACACCGACAUCACAGACGAAGAACAGAAGCAAAGAUGGAGUGUGAUGCUUGUGACAGCUGGCCUGCUUAUUGCGUUUAAAAACGAUGCCAUCGGCUUUUGCGCCGGCAUGUGCUGUCAUUGGAGUUUUCAGUUGUCCAGCUAUCUAACACGCAGAGCAACAAGAAAUCGAUACACUGAGACUCCCGACGAUGCCGAAGAGCGCGAGAAUCUUCUCCCAUGA